AGAAAACUGUACACACGAGAGACGAGGAGAUGUGAAGUUGAUGAUAUCCUUGUUUUAUCACCGGAUAAUUAUAAUUUCAUAGUAAAGAAUUACAUCAUAUAUCUUCUGAAACCAUGGCUGAAAUCAAAGUGGUCCCACUGGGAGCUGGGCAGGAUGUUGGCAGAAGCUGUAUUAUAGUUUCCCUUGGUGGCAAGAAUGUCAUGCUGGAUUGUGGGAUGCACAUGGGAUACAAUGAUGAUAGAAGGUUUCCUGACUUCACUUACAUCAACAGGUCAGGGACACUUACAGAAUACCUGGACUGUGUCAUCAUCAGUCACUUUCAUCUUGACCACUGUGGGGCGCUACCGUACAUGUCAGAGAUGGUGGGCUUUGACGGACCUAUUUAUAUGACACAGCCCACCAAAGCUAUAUGCCCCAUUCUGUUGGAAGACUACAGAAAGAUAACUGUGGACAGAAAAGGAGAACAAAACUUUUUUACUUCAGAAAUGAUCAAGAAUUGCAUGAAAAAAGUGGUGCCUGUUAAUUUACAUCAAACAGUGCAGGUGGAUGAUGAACUGGAGAUCAAAGCGUACUAUGCUGGUCAUGUACUUGGUGCGGCCAUGUUCCGUAUCACAGUGGGCUCACAAUCAGUGGUUUAUACUGGGGACUACAACAUGACACCUGAUCGUCACCUGGGUGCCGCCUGGAUUGACAAAUGUCGUCCUGACCUUCUGAUCACAGAGUCCACUUAUGCCACCACAAUACGAGACUCCAAGAGGUGCCGAGAGAGAGAUUUUCUCAAGAAGGUCCAUGAUUGUGUUGAUAAAGGUGGAAAGGUACCCAUUGUGCGUGGAAGCCCUUUAAUGACCCAUCGCAUUACUAACGCCAACCCCAACAUAAGAGCGUUCUGUCUGUACUCCGUGAAUGGGCAGCAGGUGCCAAUUAGACCACCUUGUCCAACAGAGCCAUCUGCCGCCGAUGGUGGUGAAGGGUUUCUAGAGGGAACAUGUGACAAAGGAGAAUUGGUCAUACUGUUGCAUUCCACCAAGCCGCUAGAUGUCUCCCUUGUACAGUGGGCGGGAGCACCUUCGAGCCAAUGGCAUAACAGUCAUAACAUGCAGAAUUGUAUGAGCUCCACAUGCAGUUUAGCCAACGGAAAUCGCACCGUCACUAUCCGCACUGGUUUAUCAAAUGGUGCAUUCAGUUUUGCUGUGAAUGUUAUAUAUCAUUACGUCCUUCCAAAUGAUUGGAUAAACCAUCCAGAGGUGAAAACGUGCACGUCCUCAGGAACCAGUGCUAAAAGACGACGAAGAGACACUAGCAACACUUUGCCCUCUUCCACGAAAUUCGUUCUCGAAGUAGAUGAACCAAGAGGGCGGAUAAAGAAACAGACACGCAAAUUUGUUCUGUAUUUUUCAACGGCAAUGACACCCAAAGUAGAAACCAACGGCGAUCUGACUUUUUCACCUCACACCGGAGGCAAGUUCACCGGUAUAAUGCAGUUGGCUUAUAGCGGGGUCUCUCCAAGAGGAAACCUCGCUGUGGCUGAUUUUCUUGACAGGUAUGCUGGUACCUAUGCAUACAAACCCGAGACCAAAUACUGUGUGAAGGGAGAUAAGGGUUACAUCAGUUUCGACUGGAACAAACAAACCGUAAAGGGGAUCUCUGGCAGCGGACAGCUCCUGAUGGUUGUUAUGCCGCAUCACGAACAACUGUUGAAAGGGCAAGGCGGUUUCAUAACGGGUACCCCAUAUGGGUUCAAGGCCCUGGCGGCAGACAGCUGGUUGCAGGAGUUAGACCUUCCCGAUGGCAGUAUGGAACCUGAUAUGACUGCUGUGCAAAAGAUAAAACAAAAUGCCCAACAACAUCAGGACAUGAUGAAAGCACUGGAUUCAGACGUUCGUCAACAGCCGCUUACACCCGUCUGCAAGGCUUCCAACAGUUAUGGCGCUGGUAAAGCGAUUGGUGCUGCUGUUCGGCUGGCUAGUAUUUCAAGGGCUUUUGGAACCACACACUACAAGAGCCUGGACGUCCAAAUCGAAGAGUGUCUGGAAUUGUGGCUGCGAAUAAAGGACGGACUAGCCAACUCCAACAAACUUCACUACGACACUGUGUGGGGAGGACUGAUGGUACGUGGCGUGCCGGAUGGACAGCCUAUCAACCUCGGAGCUGACUUUGGAUUUCCAACGUACAACGAUCACCACUUUCACCUCGGGUACUUCAUGUAUGCUUUGGGAUAUUACACUAAGUAUUACCCCUCUUGGGCCAAAGCCAAUCGAGAAAGGAUCCUUUUCCUGGCCCGCGACGUUGGAAAUCCUAGCUAUAGAGAUACACACUUCCCCAUUGUACGGCACAAAGACACAUUUAUGGGUUUCUCCUGGGCAACUGGUGUAGGUCCAGGGACACGGCAGGAGGAAUCCGCUUCUGAGGCGAUCAACUGCUAUCACGGCCUAGCGGCCCUGGGAUUUGGCACCAAAAUGGCCUCUGUGGAACAGAUGGGUCGCCUUAUGUUGGCACAGGAAAUUGCCUCAGUUCGAGAGUAUUGGCAAGUGCGCCCCCAUAACUUACACCACUUCCCGCCCACUUUACAAACCUAUGGCGUUGUUGGACAGAUUGGAGAAGGCUCCUUUUACCUGUAUACCCUUGAUUGGGCAUGUGACCCAAAUUGGUUCCCGAUGCGACACGCGUGUCUGGUUGGCAUACAGUCCAUUCCAAUCACUGCUGUAUCCAAAUACUGGAUGGACAAAGACUGGGCUGUGUCUGUGAGCAAGGUAUGCGGUUGGGCUUUGAAUCCAACCUCCGCCCCAGGCUCCAAUCUGGUCGACAAAUCUAAGCUAACCCCUGUGGUAAAGGGUUGGGCAGCCUUUUGUCAUGCGGCCACGUCGCACGCCAGUGCCUCAGCGCAGGCAGCAGCUGCAAAUUACGUGAAAAGCGUGCCCUUCAACCAACUGGUUCCCGGUACAACUACCAGCGGCACGCUGCUCUUUAUUUACGGUUCUACGUGAAAAUAUGUAAAAAUAUUCCAAGUUUGCUCAUAUAAUUUGAAAACCGAUAUAAAUUUGCCUGUGUCUUCAUACAUAAAACAUUUUGAAAGAUUUACUGAUAAUAAUCCGUAACUGAAGAAACUUGUAAAAGAUUGUCAAUUGGGUAUUUUUUUCCUCUCCCCC